GGAUGCAAUCUCUUGGAAGUAUGUGGCGGGAAAUCCGUUCAAACGUGCACAUGUUGGGCAUUUUAGAUUUCUGGAAAACUAAACAACUCAAUUGAAUGCGUAAAAACUGUGGCGAGGCUUGGCAAAGGAGGAGAGGAUGGCGACGACAGUUUUUCUCCUGUUGGGAUAGGUUUUCAGGACCAGGGACAGGGUCGCCAGCGUUCGACCAUGAAACCCUCUUUCACCAAGGAGCCAGUGCAGGAACUCGUUAUGACUGCUAUGACUUCGGAAGUGAUGGACCUGGGUCUACUGCAUGUGCAAGACACGACCGCUUCAACAACUUUCACAACUUCCAGCCCAAUGGAGAACGAGACGAGUUGCGGAGAGCACAUCCUAAACUACGGACACUUGGAGAAGAUGGUCAUAGGAGUCAUCCUCACUCUGCUCACUUUCCUCACCAUCUGCGGGAAUUUACUGGUCGUCAUGUCAGUGUGUUUCGUGAAGAAGCUCAAACAGCCGUCCAACUACCUCAUCGUGUCUCUGGCUAUUGCGGACCUGUCGGUAGCCGUGGCUGUCAUGCCGUUUGUCAGCAUCACCGACCUUAUCGGGGGCCAGUGGAUAUUUGGCCGGGUCUUCUGCAACGUGUUUAUCGCCAUGGAUGUGAUGUGCUGCACGGCGUCCAUCAUGACCCUUUGUGUGAUCAGUGUUGACCGCUACAUGGGCAUCACCAAGCCGCUGACCUACCCGGUGCGCCAGAGUGGGCGGUGCAUGGCCCGCAUGGUGCUCUCCGUGUGGCUGCUAUCGGCGUCCGUCACACUGCCGCCGCUGUUCGGCUGGGCGCAGAACGUGAAUGACGGGCGCGUGUGCCUGAUCAGCCAGGACCUGGGCUACACCGUCUACUCUACCGCCGUGGCCUUCUACAUCCCCAUGGCCGUCAUGCUCUUCACCUACUACCGCAUCUACCGCGCCGCCAAGGUCAGCGCUGCCAAGCACACCAUUGCCGGAUUCCCAAGGGCGGAGGCACGUCGUCGGAGCUCGGGGGGCGUGGGCUCGGACUGCGUGGCGGUGGUGCUGAAGCUCCAGCGCGAGGCGGAGGAGUGCGCCAGCUUUUCCCGCCUGCUCCGCAGCGACCGCAAGAACCUCUCCAUCUUCCGCCGCGAGCAGAAGGCGGCCGCCACGCUGGGAGUGGUGCUGGGGGCCUUCAGCGUGUGCUGGCUGCCGUUCUUCGUGCUGUCGACGGCGCGUCCGUUCGUGUGCGGUGCGGAGGUGGCGUGCAGCUGCGUGCCCCUGUGGCUGGAGCGCGUGCUGCUGUGGCUGGGCUACACCAACUCGCUGGUCAACCCCUUCAUCUACGCCUUCUUCAACCGCGACCUACGCACCACCUACCACAACCUCAUCCGCUGCCGCUACCGCAACAUCAACCGCAAGCUGUCCGCCGCCAGCAUGCACGAGGCCCUGCGCCUCACCGCGGCCGACCAUCACCACCACCACCAUCACAAGCCCCACGCCGUGCUCUAGGGGUCACGAGGGGUCGGGGAUGUGAAGGACGCAGUCAAAGGGUCGGGGAUCAAGAGCACUGUCCAGAGGAGGGUCGAAGGUCAAGGACGCAGUCAAGGACACGGAUGACACUGAGGAGGGUUAUGGGAAUGAGGUGUGUUGAAGUUUUGGUGAUGUGGGUUGAAGG